ACUCAAGGAACUGCAGUUUCUUGGCUUCUUCUAUCACCACUGGCAGCUGCAGCCUCAUUUCUACACCUGAGAUUCCACUUUGGCAACAACUUCACUAUCAAAAAAAGGAGCGCGAUGCGGGAGUAUAAGGUGGUGGUGCUCGGCAGCGGCGGGGUGGGGAAGUCCGCCCUGACGGUCCAGUUUGUCACCGGGACAUUCAUAGAGAAGUACGACCCGACCAUUGAAGAUUUCUACAGGAAGGAGAUCGAGGUGGACUCCUCUCCCUCGGUGCUGGAGAUCCUGGACACAGCCGGGACCGAGCAGUUCGCUUCAAUGAGGGACCUUUACAUCAGGAACGGCCAGGGCUUCAUCCUGGUCUACAGUCUGGUCAACCAGCAAAGUUUUCAGGACAUCAAGCCCAUGAGGGACCAGAUCAUCAGGGUGAAACGGUAUCAGCAGGUGCCGGUGGUGCUGGUGGGGAACAAGGUGGAUCUGGAGGACGAGCGGGAGGUGUCCCCGAGCGAGGGCCAAGCGCUGGCCGAGGAUUGGGGCUGCCCCUUCAUGGAGACGUCGGCCAAAAGCAAGACGAUGGUGGACGAGCUGUUUGCUGAGAUCGUGCGGCAGAUGGACUUCUGCCCCCUGCCGGACCGGAGGGAGGCGUGCUGCCCCGCCUGCAGCGUGCAGUAGCAGUCGGUGCUUAUAUCAAGGAGGGUGGUGUUUGAAAGGGAGGGGAGUUUAAUUCUAGUUAGAUAGACUGAAGAUGGAAAGAGGAAAAUCCACUCUGAGACUAUUUCUACCUUAAUUUGUAGGAAGCAGAGAUAAGAGGAUUUUUCAGCACUGGGGUUUUUCCUUAAGAGAAAAAAAAAAACAACACUCCCAAUUUCAUCACCAACUUCUGGACUAACAGGAGCAAAUUGUUCAGGUUUCCCAAAGGCAGCACGGUGCCAAACCCAUCUUUAAAAGCCAUCAACAAAGAGGAUCAUAGUGCUAAAUGCAUUUGGGAAACCAGCCAUAGAUCCGAGCAGGGAUGGCAGAGUGCUGAACAGUCUUAUCGGUCCUGUUUUAGGUCUUCUGUUUGUCUCUUUGCACUUUUAGGACUCGUGCAAGACCAAUCACGUAGUAUCAGAAUGGAUGUCAGGUAACACCACUGUGAAGGAGUCAAACCAGGAGUGAACGUCGCAGCAGGCCCGCCUAACUACGAAUGAAUGAAAAAGAUGUACGAAUGUUUCAAAAAGGAAACCGCACCUUUGGGGAAAUUCAUCCAAGAAAAUCCCAAAUGAUGACAAAACUGUGGACGCAGCGUGCAUGAAGUCGUACCGUCACACCGACAUGGAGUACAAUCAGUGUCACCCAAAGAGACAACGAAUCAAUCAGUCGUUAAAAAAACGUACGUGCGGACACUCGUCUUUACACUUUACAGAUGAUUCAAAUGCCUUGUUACAUUGUAUGACGUGAACAUCAGUCUCAGUGUGUAGUUCAUUUAUCUUAAAUCACACCAGAUAUGUUAGUGGUGCAACGUCAGAAUCACUUAUUUUCAACAAAAAUAAAUCUUUAUGCACAAA